CACUUUGAACAUGUUAUCCAUUCAAAAUUGCGUUCCGGCAUUCCAAGUGUCACCUGUGCCUGUUGCUUGUCGCCGCAAGAGACAUGAUGAAAUUCAAGAUUUUACCGGAGAGCAGUUUUCCAUUGUUCCUUCGGAAACUCUCAAAUUGAUGCCAACACAACUUGCGCCAUCAUCGGUUCGAAACACAGAAGAAAUUUCGUCGUCUAAAGACGACCACAUCCACUACGGGGAAACAUCGACAACAGACCAACACUUGAGAGCAAAACGGUUUUUCUUCAUCAACAAGAAUCAAUUUGUAGUGUCUUCUACUGUGACAUCAUACUCAUUUUUUUCCAAAACUUCUACAGUAACUGUUAAUCUUAUCAAUCCGCCACCAGCUGUUCAAUGUGCAGCUGAAGCUGAUGGUAAUGGUAAUGGUAAUGGUAAUGGUAAUGGUAAUGGUAAUGGUAAUGGUAAUGGCAAACCUCGAGUAGAAAAAUGCGUUGCCUGUUUGCCGGCAGGCUUCAUCGUGUGCCCUCGAGCUGAGGGUUAAGUAUAUACUUAACCCGCAGCUGGAGGCACACGUAAGUAAUCUGCCAGUAAACUUUCAUUUGAACGCCUUCUUCUUCAGAAAACGCCCAAAUGAAAGUUUACUGGCAGAUUACUUACGUGUGCCUUUUCUAAACCCAGCUUUUGAACCAAAUAGAAGAUCCAACUAAAUUUUUUUUUCACAGUUGAAUUAUGAAAUUCACAUACGUAGAAUAGUGGUGCCACCGGUAUUAGCUACGCUAUUAUUUGUUAUGACUACAUCUUUUCUGUUUUUAAGGGUUUAUUUACUCCUACGUUUACUAUACGCUAAUU